AUGGCGAGGGCUGACAACAACUCCAAAGCUCACUCAUAUGAGCCUGUUCAAGUUGUCAAAGUAGACUCCGAGUCACAAAAGUCAACCACCUCCGACUAUAAGCGCUAUGCAAUAUACUCUCCCAGCGAGUGGCUUUUGGAGUUCAUCAGUUCGACUGCGGCUCUGGGCCUCGUGAUUGCAAUUGCCAUCAUCUUUCGGUACAUGGACAACAAGCCUCUCUCUGCCUGGAACGGUCUCCUUUCUCUAAACGCAACGAUUUCAAUCCUGACAACUGCAUACGCUAUCGUGUUGAUGCAAGGAGUCAGCACGUUUAUUGGACAGGCCAAAUGGCUUUACAUCAAGAACAAGCCUCGUAGGCUUGCCGACUUCGAAAUAUUCGAUAGAGCUAGCCGCGAUAUUUGGGGCUCUCUUCUGCUGCUUACCACUGUAAGGUGGAAUCUAGCCACCAUUGGCGCGGUGAUUGUGAUCUUGCGACUUGCUUUCUCGCCAUUUGCACAGCAGGUGGUUCUGAUUGAGCAGCGAGACAUCAUCUCCCCUCCCGCGGAUACUGCCACCUUUGGAUAUGCACAUGGCUAUAGUCGGGAGGCGGUAUUUAACAGUCUCUCAAACUCCGGCGUCGGGAGCACCCCUCAGGAUGCUGGCAUGCAAAACGCCAUCUACCAGGGCCUGUAUGGCGUCAAAAUGACCGAGCCUUUCAACUGCCCCGGGGUGUGUACCUGGCCCGGAUCAUACACAUCACUUGGGUUUCACGCCGAGUGCAGGAAUGUCACCCAGCAAACAUUGCAAACUGCCCGCUGCGCCUACGACAAUGAAAAUGUCAUGCGGCAGUGCAAUAUGACGACGCCGGGGGGAGUCAUGGUCAAAUCCCACCACGUCGACACCGAUUCUGGGACGACCUACUACAUGAACACAUCCUCGCUUCUCUACCAAUAUUCUCAAUCUGGAGGUUCAUAUACCCCGAAACAGACCUUUCCCGAAAUCACGCGAUUUGCAAUCUAUAGAUCGACCGUGGACUACAAUUUCAACAUGCAGAACAUCAACGUUACAGAAUGCUCUCUCUACAUCACGGCCUACGAAUAUACAGAUGCCAAGGCCAAUGGUAGUGAUUUCUCUUUUGCGAGCAAGCGAGAGAUCGAUUUCGGCGUCAAGAACCCCUGGCACCUCGCACCCCCAAAUUCCUCCAUAAACUUCCAGCGCAUCGUCACCAACGAGACAACAAGGGGCGGCAUCCAAAUUCCUGCGCUUGAAAUAGACUUUCCAAAUCUCCAAACACUAGCAACUUUCCUCUCGUCCCCUUCAAUAGUGAGCGAAUUUGUCGAAGGGGACUUUGUGAAUACAAACCUAGGCAUUGCCGCUGCUCUAUAUGGCGACGUGAAUCUCAGCGAUCGGUUCGACGGAAUGGCGACAGCCAUGACAAACUAUCUGCGGUACGGCCCCAAUACCCAGCUGGCGCUUGGAGAGGUGAUUCAGAGCGAGCCUUUUGUUUCCAUCCGCUGGGGGUACUUUGCUGUCCCCAUUGCGACUGAGGCACUUGCCAUUAUAUUUGCCAUUCUAAGCAUUGUCAGCAGUCGCCGCAGUCGCGGUGUGCCCUUGUGGAAGUCUUCGACGCUUGCUGUGCUGGCUUGUCAGCAUAACGAGCAGCUUGAGCUUUUGCAAACUACGGGCAAGGGUAUCAAUGAGAUCCAAGCCGUGGCUAAAAGAUCCAAGGUACAAUUACAAUAG